UUUACGAUGUUAAAAUGGCAAUAUAUGUUAACACAGUUACACAUUUUGGUUGGAUUGGCGUACUUCGUAACCAGAUCUACAUUUGGUAGCGUGGUCCCGGAAAAGCCGGGAAACAGCAUUAUCACUGAAGACUUGGACCGUUUUACAUUAUAUAAGGUGCGGCUUAGUAACGUAUCAGGUGCUGUUAAUGCGGAAGAUUUUCGUGUUGAGCUGAUCGGUACACAAUUCGUUCAUAUUACCGCAGAAGGUUCAACUGUUGAUUGGAAAAUACGUUUAGAUACGCAUAUUCCAAUUGGUGUUAUAUUUUACCCAGAAUUCAGUUUAGCCAUGGAACGGUUAGAACGUGAUGUUGCUGUAUGAUCUCUAGGAUUGUUAAUAUAAGGAUCCCUAAGUACUAUGACUUGGAUCCAAUUGCAUUUAAACGUGAGGAAUUAUGACGGGUCAUACUUACAGACACAUUCAAUCUAUUCUACCGCCUUAUAAUUGGAUCUCGUUUAUUACCAUAGUAGCGCUAUGCCUAGGGACAUACAUCCAUUUGAAGGGUACUAAUAUUGGUGUAAAUAACGCCAAUGUUAAACAUCUUUGCGA